CCGUAGCAAGGAGGCAAAGGAGCCCACCUGCCCGAGACUGUUCCUCAGGGAGGGAGGGGAUGGUUGCAGACCCAGGAGCCCCUCCAGCCCCUUAAAUAAGUCACAUUCCUGGUUCAGACAAUAAAUGCUGCUGCUCAAGAGAGGCUGUGAGGGGAAGGCGAGAACAUGAAAACCUGGUAGCGGAGGUUUCACCAGAAGAUGGAAUGGGAGAAGCCAAAUGACACCUGGUCUCUCACUCUCAGUCCUCGAAACCCAGAACACCCAUGGCACCUCUACCAGCAAAGAAAAGCAUUUGCUAGGUUUCAGUGCUUAUGCUGCACUUGUCGCUGGCCAUCAGCUCAAGUGCUUAUUUUCUUCCACAUGCACCUGGACCGGAGUCAGCACCAGGGGCAGGUAAAGAGCAGGAUCUGUGGGCAGAAGUGUAAGAAGUGCCAUGGAGUGAAGUUUGAGACGCCCAUGUUCAGCCAGGAGAACAUAGGGAGGAUCUUGGACAACUUGGUGCUGAAAAUCCGUGAGAAAUGCUACCGAGAGUCCAUUGCAAACCGUGAUUUAGCUGACCCCAGAGUCGAAGAUGAUGUGGAAGGGCCACAUGACACGACCCAUUGUGAGGCAUGUGGUCUGGGGAUCUGUUAUCUGUCUACCUACAGAUUCAUUAUCCCUGCUUCUCUGGCUGCAGCUUCUCAGCCCGGCCAGCUGGCUUGGCAGGGAGCAGACACAGAGAGUGACUGGAAGCUCUUGUGUUAUGUGUUACCAGUUGUGGUUGCUUUACUCAUCUUUGCUGUACUUUUUAGUGGGAAGUAGGAAAUUCAGCUCUCAGAAUGGUUCCUUAAUAUUAUCCACAUGGGUUGCUAAUGCACCUUCCCUUUUUCAUGGAGAAAAAAAAAUCUGUCCCAAGCCAUUUGCUGGGAAAUCACCAUAUGCUUAAUGUUACCAUGAAAUGCUUUAGAGAGACUGAUCAUGCCCAUUUGUAAUGCACCAGGGUAAUAAACAGGGGCUGUAAAAACCCAGGCCUCCUCAAAAGCAAGAGGGCACAUUGAGCCCCUUCUUGUUGGCACCUGUGUCCCCUCCCGUGGGUCUGAUCCAGCGCCCAGUGGAAUGAAUGGAGCUUCCCACCGACUCCAGUGGGCAUUAGAUUGGGCCCGCUGCCCCUGUCAAAUCCUCAUGCUCCAUCUCUAUGCCUCGUACCCCCCUGAGAGGGUAAGGGUAGGACCCCAGAGGGGGCUUCGCUGCCCCAAGGGAGGCUGGACUUGAGAGUAGCUGCUCUUGUGUGCAAGAUGCAUCCUGGAUCAUCUGCACAACUGGAGGGCCACUCCCGCAUCCCUUCUGGGGUGGUGGGAGGGGUAAACAUCAGGAGCCAGAGCCACAUAGCUCCAUUGCCUGCAGUGAAGCUAUGCUGACUUCACCAGCUAAGGAUCUGGCCCGAGGACUUAAUCUAUCCCUGGAUAACUUGUCGCCUUCCAUGGGAGUGGGGCUGAUUUGAGUAGAGUCCCCAGUGGAGGAACUUGGCACUGGGGCAGGCCAGAAGCAGGGACCAUGUUCACAGGACAGUGAAUUCAGGUCCUUAAUUACAGCUCUCUUGGGCAUUGUAUAGCUGGGUGUUUGCAUGGCAGGAAACCAGGGGCUUCUCGUCAGUCAUUGGUCACAUCCUGCUUUGCACUGUGCUCUUCUGUCUCAAACAGAAUUCUGGGCAGAGCAGCGGUCUGAAGAUGAAGGCGUUUCUUGGCUUGGUUUAUAUGUAACAAGGAAAAGCCAACUCUGUCUGUGUCCCUGUUGAAAAACAGCCUGUAGACGUGUGGACUCACCACUGUGGUGCUUCCUGCUGGUGACUUCUGGGAAUUAACUUGUUCCAGCUCCGGAGCGCCGUCUGCAGGCUGGUGAUCCGCCUAUCCUCUGGCCCCCGUGGCCUUCUCUGGACCCAGUGCCCUUUUAGCUGGGGUGCUGCCCCCUGGCAGUAACCCCUCAGUCUUAGGGUCUCCUCCCC